UCUUUCACCACUGUGUGUAUCUGUAGGGUUUUCGAUUACGCCUUCAUAAAUUAUAUGUUUCAAAAAUAAAAUUACAGUUUCGAUUCUCAGUUGUUGCCGGCUUCAGCAACCUGUGCCAAGUUCGUGCAGGGUACACUUGCCCCUUUCCAUAACCUCGUAUUAAUGGGUGUGAUUGAUUUUUGCAACUCUUCUGCUUUGUACUGGGUCAAGUCCAACACCAAUCUGAAACAACAAGUGGGGUUGGCACCCAGACCCAUUUGUUCAUUUGAGGGGAAUCAGAGGAAGUUUGUAGCCAUGGCUUCCACCAUUCCUGUGGAGCAAGUCAACAAUGGUCCUGUGAAAGUGACAGGUGACUCCUUCAUCAGAGAGCAUCUGAGGAAGUUGGCUCCUUAUCAGCCCAUUUUGCCUUUUGAGGUUUUAUCAGCUCGUCUUGGACGUAAGCCUGAGGAUAUUGUCAAGCUAGAUGCUAAUGAAAAUCCUUAUGGUCCCCCUCCAGAGGUCAUGGAAGCCCUAGGUUCAAUACAAUUUCCAUAUGUCUAUCCUGAUCCAGAAAGCCGCAGCUUGCGUGCAGCUCUUGCCCAAGAUUCAGGCCUUGAAGCUGAAUAUAUUCUUGCAGGAUGUGGUGCAGAUGAGCUUAUUGAUUUGAUAAUGCGUUGUGUACUUGAUCCUGGAGACAAGAUUGUGGACUGCCCUCCGACCUUCACAAUGUAUGAAUUUGAUGCUGCAGUUAAUGGAGCACUUGUUAUCAAAGUUCCAAGGAGGCCGGACUUCAGCUUGAAUGUAGAAGAAAUUGUUGAAGUUGUUAAACAAGAGAAGCCCAAAUGCAUAUUUUUAACAUCUCCAAAUAAUCCAGAUGGAAGUAUAAUUGAUGAUGAAGUUCUCUUAAAGAUACUUGAGCUUCCCAUACUGGUGAUAUUGGAUGAAGCAUACAUCGAGUUUUCAGCAAUUGAAUCAAGAAUGACUUGGGUGAAGAAACAUGAGAAUUUGAUUGUUCUUCGGACAUUUAGCAAACGAGCUGGUUUAGCUGGACUUAGAGUGGGAUAUGGAGCUUUUCCUUUGAGUUUAAUUGAGUAUCUUUGGAGAGCAAAGCAGCCAUAUAAUGUAUCUGUUGCUGCUGAAGUUUCUGCAUGUGCAGCAUUGCAAAAUCCUACCUAUCUAGAGAAUGUAAAAAAUGCUUUGCUCAAAGAAAGAGGGAGGCUUUUUGACCUUUUGAAGGAAGUUCCAUUCCUUCGGCCAUUUCCAAGCCAUUCUAAUUUCAUUCUUUGUGAGGUUACAUCUGGAAAGGAUGCAAAGAAGCUAAAGGAGGACCUCGCACAAAUGGGUGUGAUGAUUCGUCACUACGACAAGAAAGAGCUGAAAGGGUACGUUCGUGUAACUGUUGGGAAGCCUGAGCAAACAGAUGCACUUAUGAAGUGCCUCAAGAGACUGUUGUAAGAGGAAAAUUUGAAUGUAAUGAACAUUGUAACACGUAAUGCAGAAGUGUAAUUGCUAAACUUCUCUUAUUAAAUAAUCAUAUAUAUGGGGAGUCAUAGAAAUUACUCCUUCACUUCCGUUU